UCGCCAUGCAGUCCCUCCAAUCCUCCACUCUCCGGCCCGCUCCGCUCGACCAGAUUCGGAAACGGACCCCCCAUUUCCCCAAUGUCACUACCAGAACAGCCAGCUCCUCCAGGCGAAUCUCAUUCAUAUCCGCCUCCUCCGCCGUGUCCGCCCCUAAGCGCGAGAUGGACCCGAAGAAGCGGGUUGUCAUCACCGGAAUGGGUCUCGUCUCCGUCUUCGGCAACGACGUCAAUACUUACUACGACAAGCUCCUCGCCGGAGAGAGCGGUGUGGGUCCAAUUGACCGGUUUGAUGCGUCCAAGUUUCCGACCCGGUUCGGGGGCCAGAUCCGCGGGUUCUCAUCGGAGGGGUACAUUGAUGGGAAGAACGAUCGACGGCUCGACGAUUGCCUUCGGUACUCGAUUGUUGCUGGGAAGAAAGCUCUCGAGGAUGCUGAUCUUGGCGCCGAUCAGCGCUCAAAGCUUGAUAAAUCGCGGACUGGGGUGCUUGUUGGAUCUGGAAUGGGUGGUCUUACUGUCUUUUCUGAUGGUGUUCAUGCACUGAUAGAGAAAGGUCACAGGAAAAUUACCCCCUUUUUCAUUCCUUAUGCUAUUACAAACAUGGGGUCUGCCUUGCUUGCUAUUGAUCUGGGUUUUAUGGGACCCAAUUAUUCCAUUUCGACUGCUUGUGCUACUUCAAAUUAUUGCUUCUAUGCUGCUGCAAAUCACAUUCGUCGGGGUGAAGCUGAUUUGAUGAUUGCUGGCGGAACUGAAGCUGCCAUAAUUCCUGUUGGGGUGGGAGGGUUUGUUGCUUGCAGGGCCUUGUCUCAGAGAAAUGAUGAUCCAAAAACGGCUUCCAGGCCAUGGGACAGAGAUAGAGAUGGCUUUGUUAUGGGUGAAGGUGCUGGAGUAUUGGUAAUGGAGAGCUUGGAACAUGCAACAAAACGAGGUGCUACAAUUAUUGCCGAGUACUUGGGAGGUGGUAUUAACUGUGAUGCUUAUCAUAUGACUGAUCCAAGAGCUGAUGGGCUUGGUGUAUCUACAUGCAUACAGAGAUGCCUUGAAGAUGCUGGUGUAUCACCUGAGGAGGUUAACUACAUCAAUGCGCAUGCAACUUCUACCCUUGCUGGUGACCUUGCCGAGAUAAAUGCUAUAAAGAAGGUGUUCACGAACACUAAAGAUAUCAAGAUCAACGCAACUAAGUCUAUGAUAGGCCACUGUCUUGGUGCUUCUGGGGGUUUGGAAGCUAUUGCUGUCAUUAAAGCCAUAACAACUGGAUGGCUGCAUCCUUCCAUAAACCAAUUUAACCCAGAGCCUUCAGUGGAGUUUGACACUGUUCCCAAUGUAAAGCAGCAGCAUGAAGUGAAUGUUGCCAUAUCGAAUUCAUUUGGAUUUGGUGGACAUAACUCUGUCGUGGCCUUCUCUGCGUUCAAGCCCUGAUCAUCCGACUUGCGUUCAAGUUUUGUAGUACAUCAACGAUGCUUAGAGGAGAUCAUAAUUUAUUUCGGAGGCAAGCUUCAUCCGCUUACAUUUGAGUCCAUUUGUAGUUUUGUAAUGAUUCAGAAAUGUUCUUUUUUAUUAUUUUUGGACGCAAGUCGUAUUUAGAUGCCUGGUUCCGUGAGGAAACUAGAAUGUUAUGUUUUUUUACUUUCUUCAAAUUAUCUGAUGGUUAGUAUGAAGUGUGGCUAAUAUAGAUAGAGGAGAUGCAUACGCGUGGGUGUAGCCAAGUUUCGCUCAAUUUGUUAGAGCAGUGCGCUCUCCCCUGCGCAUCCAAAUUUGAAAGUCAAAUUGUCCUCCCGUUACCAUAUCAUGAAGACUUAUGCGUGGAUUUGCCUCUCUUUGCAUAUUUUGUAUUAGCAGCUUGUGUGUAACAAAACCUUCAAGUUGGUUGAGGACAAUUUUGAGUUCGAGAAAUUUGGGUUGGUUGCUUGUCACAUGGACUUCUACCCACAAGUAAAUCGGUAUCUAUGUAAUCAGAAUAUUGAUGGUAUUAAUAAUAUGAAUGCUAUGUUGAUGGUC